AUCAUUCCAUUUGUAAGAUCUUAGGAUUGACUUUCAUCGCUUGCUCCAAAAAUCCUACGUAUAAAGCAGUAGCAAAAUUGAAAACUUGUAUUUUUGUCAAUUUUGUAUCAAAUGCAGAAUUAUUGCAGACACCAGAAUACCUGACUUAGAACAACCCGAAAUUUCUAAAUUUCCCUCCAAACUCCUAACCCAGGUAUUCUUUAGAUUGAUCGAUUAAUUCAAACAAUACGUAAAAUUGACCAAAAUUCCUCAAUCAGCAGUGAGUAGAAAGCAAACACAGCAGAAAUGGGACUUCUGAGUAUCAUUCGCAAAAUCAAGAGGAAAGAGAAAGAGAUGCGAAUUCUCAUGGUGGGGCUCGAUAAUUCUGGAAAAACUACCAUCGUUCUUAAAAUCAAUGGCGAAGACACUAGCGUCAUCAGUCCUACACUUGGUUUCAAUAUCAAGACCAUUUCCUACCAAAAGUAUACACUUAAUAUAUGGGAUGUGGGUGGCCAGAAAACAAUAAGGGCCUAUUGGAGGAACUAUUUUGAGCAGACUGAUGGUUUGAUUUGGGUAGUUGACAGUUCGGAUCUUAGACGAUUGGAUGAUUGCAGGAAUGAGCUGCAUAAUCUACUGAAAGAAGAGAGGCUAUCUGGAGCAUCUUUGUUGGUAUUUGCAAAUAAGCAGGAUAUACAAGGUGCGCUUUUGCCUGAUGAAGUUGCAAAAGUGCUCAACUUGGAUGCCAUGGAUAAGACACGACACUGGAAAAUUGUGGGUUGCAGUGCUUACACUGGAGAGGGGUUGCUCGAGGGAUUUGAUUGGCUGGUUCAGGAUAUUGCCUCUAGGAUCUAUGUGCUUGACUGAUGCUAGUCUUUGCUUCAUUGUUCUAUUGCUGACACAAAUUUACAGUUUGUCGAAGUCCAGAAUUUUUUAUCAUCUGAUUUUGUAUGGAGUACUUCAUAUGACUUCAACUUAAUCUUCUCAAGUGCAUCAGCUCAACUUCUUCUCUAGUGCAUCAGUGCCAUUGGUUGAAUGUGAUUCAAAGGACUACACAAUUUUGUUAAAACUUGAAUAUCGGGGAGGUUGUAGUCUUGUAGAUAGGCAGAUGCUUUUAGCAUCAGUUUGAGUUUGAUCCCCCUCUCCUCCAACCCCAAAUAUCUAUUACCCGUAAUACCUGAGUUUUGGGUUGUUUUUAUAUGCAUUAUGUUGUGGUGUGCCAUGGAUCGAAAUGUUUACAAUCUUUAUAUGCAGUUGUUUUCGUAC